AUGUCAACCCCGGCCCGAAAAACCCCAAAAGGAGGCCGAAAGCGGCGUGGCAAUGGACUGGAGGAGGAGGAGACACCAAAACGCCCUCCCUUCAACAAUUUUCUUGUGGCAAGUGUGAAGAAGGAGAAACUGGAAACUGAAACGUAUAGUUUCACAAAAUCCCAGCUCCAAUAGCUGCUCGAAAAAGCGAACGCGAAAUCGGCCAGCCACCAAGAAAAUCAAGAUCCAGAAGAAGAGAAAGAUGAAGACGAUGAAUACGAGGAAGCCGGUGAAACAAGCAACACCUACCAAUCGGGAAUUUCGGAUGACGACGAUGAAGGCCGGGCAAACCAUCACGUCAAUGGCACUUGCCCUAUCCGAAUGGGAAAGGAAUUGGUGCGAACUGCGCCGCAUUCGAUUGGUCGCUUCAACAAAAAACUUUCGGAAUCGUCCGUUCGAACUAUAGACUGGGAUUUCAAAGAGCUUAGGAAAAUCGCGGAAAAUUCCAAGUCAAAGACAAUUCCUCCAUAGCUCCUCCACACCUUCAGUGUCCACCCAAAUUCGGUGAAUCAUCAGAUUCUUCAAGGAAGACUUCUCAAUUGGCCUAUCAGCGUUCUUUACAAUAUUCUACAUGUUGUAGCCGGAUUCGAAUGACAGUUCCCGAGUGCGGAUUUUGGCGAUGUUUUCUCCCGGCAGGUGGAUCAAAAAUGCUUGAACGCACGGAAAAAGAUGAGCCAGGAAAAGGACACACCAUCACACUGAUCACUGGGACGAAAACAACUGCCUCAUGGACUUAA